GUUUUCUUCUUCGCUGCGCUGAUUCAGUUCCGAAGAGAGUGAUCGAAAACAUAAACAGAGAAUGACAAAGUUUCAAUCUUUCGUAUUUGUUGUUGUUUCUGCGCUGAUUUUAAUCUUCCAAUCAUGCCCUUUUGCUGAUGCACUCUAUGGGCCAUCAUCACCUGUGGUUCAGCUCAAUCCAUCAAACUUCAAGUCCAAGGUUCUUAAUUCAAAUGGAGUUGUCCUAGUUGAAUUCUUUGCUCCUUGGUGUGGCCAUUGUCAAGCUCUAACUCCUACAUGGGAGAAGGCAGCUAAUGUGUUAAAGGGUGUAGCUACUGUGGCAGCACUUGAUGCUGAUGCUCACCAAUCUCUCGCUCAGGAAUAUGGGAUUAAAGGAUUUCCAACCAUAAAGGUGUUUGCACCUGGAAAGCCUCCAGUCGAUUACCAAGGAGCAAGAGAUGUCAAACCAAUCGCAGAGUUUGCCCUUAAACAGGUAAAGCAACUUUUGAAAGAUCGGUUGGAUGGAAAGUCAACAGGAGGAUCAAGUGAAAAGAAAGAAGAAACCAACGCUUCAGUAGAAUUGAACUCCCGCAACUUUGACGAAUUGGUUAUCAAAAGUAAAGAACUUUGGAUUGUGGAGUUUUUUGCACCUUGGUGUGGCCACUGCAAAAGAUUGGCUCCUGAGUGGAAGAAGGCGGCCAAUAACCUCAAGGGGAAGGUUAACUUGGGUCAUGUUGACUGUGAUGCCGAGAAGUCCCUAAUGAGCAGGUUCAAAGUUCAAGGGUUCCCAACUAUCUUGGUAUUUGGUGCUGAUAAAGAUAGUCCAGCCCCUUAUGAGGGUGCAAGAACUGCUGCAGCCAUCGAAUCGUUUGCACUAGAGCAGCUAGAAACAAAUGUUGCUCCCCCGGAAGUGACGGAGCUACAUGGUCCAGAUGUUAUGGAAGAGAAAUGUGGUUCUGCCGCAAUCUGUUUUGUCGCCUUCCUUCCUGACAUCUUGGAUUCCAAGGCAGAGGGAAGAAACAGAUACAUUCAACAGCUAUUAUCAGUUGCGGAAAAAUUCAAAAGGAGCCCCUACAGCUAUGUGUGGGCAGCUGCUGGUAAGCAGCCGGAUCUUGAGAAGCAUGUCGGCGUUGGCGGCUAUGGUUAUCCAGCCUUGGUGGCCCUCAACCUCAAGAAAGCUGUAUAUGCUCCUCUCAAGAGUGCUUAUGAGCAUGAGCACAUUGUUGAAUUCGUGAAAGAAGCCGGCCGAGGCGGCAAAGGCAAUUUGCCACUCGGAGGCACCCCAACCAUUGUAAAAACAGAACCAUGGGAUGGGAAAGAUGGAGAGAUAAUGGAGGAGGAUGAAUUUUCACUUGAAGAGCUCAUGGGGGAAGAUUCCUCAAACAAGGAUGAACUGUGAUGAAAUCAUGAAGGGAAUUGAUACAGAAUUUGAGGUUCCAAGUCAACCGAUUUUGAAGUUAGAGCCUUGGAGGCAAUGUUAGUGUACCAGGGUCAUUGUUUCCAUGAUGAUUAGAGAGGAGACUACCUUGAAGGAAUAUAGAUUGUUGUCAUGAUGUUGUGCUGACUGUUCUUUUUCAUGUUCCAAUCCAAAGACCAAUUGGUGAUCUUUUGAGGAGCAUAAAAUCUGAUAUUCAAUGGAACAUAUUGAGAAAA